AUGACGUGCGGCUACACAGAUACUACGACCACGGCUUGGGCGUACACGAUCAACUUCCCGCUCAGUGGCAAGAUAGCUGAUUUCAGUGGUGGCGUUACUGGUGGUGUAUCGAACACGAAGACUGUAGCCAAAGCUAUCAACAAAGCCGUAAAGCUGGAGCAGAACGAGUUGGUACUUAUACAGGCGACGGCAGAUAUCUGGACGUCGCUCCCGGACAUCCGGAGGGAACUUAUGUUGAUGGAACAAGCAAGCCCGAUACAUGCAUCACAGUACCCAACGCUGCCAGAGGUAGUGACAAUGAUCCUUGGGGUAUUACUGUCCUCGUCCGAGUGGACUGCGCGACGCAUGCACCGCUCCCAUCUGAUUGUCCAAGAUCCAGCCUACAACAAGCCAGGCGUACCGCUUGAUCGUGGCGUGUACAACUCCUUCUCAGAGACCUUCGAGAACGAUAAUGCCGACAUGAUGUACGGCCAGUCGUCCGAGAUCGACUGCUCAGUGACCGAUGCCUCCAAGCUAGCGCAACAAGAGGACUGCUACGCAGCCCUUGCGACAGGCAUGAUGCAUCCGGUCGUAGGCCUCCUGCAGGGAGGAAAUGGUGGACAGUGGUGGGCGUCGGUAAAUUCCACGCUCGACUCAGACAGUUCGCCAGAUGCUGACUUAACUGCAGUACGUACACACUUGCGCCUUCAAAUCGAGUACGAACAAGACUGGACAGAGGAUUGCCUCGUAGGUCUCGCGGAGGUUCUGAAGGCUGCAUCAGGCACCCUGAACACGUGCAAGGCCCAGGACAAUGGCGGUGUGGGUGGCUCCCGAAAGAUCCGCAACGACGGCAAAUGUAAUGCGACGCUUCGCCUCGCCAAUACUGAGGGCAGAGAACCACCGCAGGACAUGAGUCUUUUGGUUCCCAAGCAUUGA